AUGCAAUCCGUUUCCUGUUUGUUUCUUGUUGCGCUGCUUGAAAAUAGAGACGGGCCCCCCGUACGGGCAGGAGCAGCAGUAGCUGCAACUACUACAGUCGAUGUCGAUGCUGUUGGGUUAGGACCUACUGCAGUUCCGUUUACUGGGACAUUGCUUGGAGAAGGGGUGACUGUCGUAUUGCCAUUUGCAGGAGCGCCGUUCACGGCUGGCGCAGGGGUUGUAGAGGCUGUAGAGUUUGAGGAUGGCGGGAUAGUCGUGUUUGUGGGAGCUGUGGGAGCAGGGUUGUUUGUGGGAGCAGGGUUGUUUGUGGGAGGAGGGUUGUUUGUGGGAGCAGGGUUGUUUGUGGGAGCAGGGUUGUUUGUGGGAGCAGGGUUGUUUGUGGGAGCAGGGUUGUUUGUGGGAGUAGAGUUGUCUACGAGAGCAGGGUUGUUUGUGGGAGCAGGGUUGUCUACGAGAGCCAAGAUGGUUUGGGCUGGCCAGGUACACCAUUCUGUUGUCGUCGAUUAA